AUGAAGCCCGUCGGAUCACUAUCGCUAGGACGUAAGCUACCUUCAGCGGGGUCAUUGCUGGUUGGUAUACUGGUGGGAUUACUAGUAGCUUCGCUACUACGACGUGGAGAUUCCGGUACGGAAUGGCGCGGCAGUGGAUCCAAAAACCUUCGACCAAACGCUAUCUCCGGCUCUUCAAGACUCCAACGUUCUCAAAUCACUUUACCAUCCUUACAACAGCGAUUACACAUCUUACAACUGGUCGGUACGUUAUCAGCACACCAUACAAAAGAAUGUCUCCGACAUCCUCAACAGAUCUACGUCGAACAGGCUAAAGAACGUUAUCUUCCGCUUUUCGGUUUCAAAAAAUCAUGGUCUAAUUCGGGUAGUUUCCUGGCUAGAUUAUUUGGUGGAUCUAAAGAUGCAGAUCAACUUAUGCCUCAUCAAAGGAAAAUGGAAAAUAUCAAGAGGGAUUUAUCAAGUCAACAACACAAGUAUUUCUUCGCUAUCAACUUAUACAAUUCGUUCGAUGUCAUACCGGAUAUUUUCGCAACGUUGUUUAGAACGGCAGCUAUAUUGGGAUAUCAUAAUGUUUUCGUAUCAAUUUACGAAAAUGGUUCAAACGAUCAGACCAAAGCUCUACUUAAGAUAUUCGAUUCGUUAGCUAGGACCGUAGGAUUGAGAAUUAUAAUUAGAACUUCGAUGAGAACAAGAGGUCAAUUCAAUCAUCGUAUUGAAUAUCUAGCGGAAGUAAGAAAUGCCGCUAUGGUACCCCUCCACGAACUUAGAGAUAACGAAGGAGAGGUAUUUGACUCGAUCGUCUUCAUGAAUGACAUCUUACCCUGUGUGGAUGAUUUGUUGGAAUUGAUAUGGCAAUCUAGAAGACAAAAUGCUGGUAUCACUUGUGCGGCGGAUUAUAUGUAUCAUGAUGAUAUUGGUGCUCCCGUGUUCUACGAUAAUUGGGUAGCGAGAGAUAUCAACGGUACGGCACUUGAAAAUGCACCUUUCGAGCAGGUCUUCCAUCAUACCGAGUCCAAUCAUAGAUUCCAAAGACAUCUUCCUAUUCAGGUCCAGUCAUGUUGGAAUGGUGUAGCUGUCUUGGACCCAGCUCCUUUCUAUCACCCACCACAUGUCAAGUUCAGAAUGGCUAGAUUACCCGAUGGGGAAUGUUCGGCUUCGGAAUGUUCUCUUAUCUGCAAUGAUUAUUUCAAUGCUGGUUACGGUAGAAUCAUAAUGGUUCCAAGAGUGAAAUUAGCUUAUGACAAGAAAGUAUACGAUAUCAUCCAUCCUGAAAGACGAAACUUGACUGCCAUCAGGGGGUACAAGCGAAUCGGUGGAUUGCCGGAUGAUCCUCAUACAGACCCUCAAGAUAGGAGUUGGUACGGUCCUCAUGAUAGAUUGUUCACACCAGAGGAAGAGGAUGAAUUGACAUUCAUACCAGGACCAGAGUAUGUCUGGUGUUGGGGUUGGGACGGUGCAGGAGACUUGGACGGUCCUGACGUAGACCCAAUUUGGGAACAUAUGCAACCCCGAUCAUACUCCCAGGAAGCUAUAGAAGUGAAACAUUUCAGGAAUAUGCCUGGGUGGUGA